AUGCCAAAUGGAUCGACAUGGGGUUUGAUGAAUCUGACGCCUUCGGUUUUGAGUCUCUCUCAUCUCUCGUCUGGGGGAGAAGGAGACCUCGAUCCAUUCGCAGCCUUCAUGGUCAUUUCAAUUGAGGCGGUCUUAGAUGGAAUAGGAUCUGUAGAAGGGUGCAUCCCGUCCUCGCCGUUCACAAGGAAUAGCGAUGAGCGCGAGGACCGCGAGGACCGCGAGAGCCUGUCCGCGAGCACUACGACGCCUACGACUCGCCUACAACUCGCCUACUGGGAGGAAGUACACUGUACAACUACGACUCGUCAGGCGAAGUAG